UAUUUAGUUUUUGUGUGUAGGCAACAAGCAUCUUUUCAUAAUAUUUAUUUCCUAAAACCGCACAUUUUGGAAUUUAUUAUAAUUUAAAGAAUGCCAAAAGUGCGUCGCAGUCGCAAGCCCCCGCCAGAUGGCUGGGAGCUAAUUGAACCGACGCUGGAAGAGCUGGAACAGAAAAUGCGCGAAGCCGAAACCGAACCGCACGAAGGCAAACGAAUUACGGAAUCAUUGUGGCCCAUCUUUAAGAUACAUCACCAGAAGACGCGCUAUAUCUACGAUCUGUUCUAUCGGCGCAAGGCCAUCAGUCGGGAGCUGUACGACUAUUGCCUGAAGGAGAAGAUCGCCGAUGGCAAUUUGAUAGCCAAGUGGAAAAAGUCUGGCUAUGAGAAUCUUUGCUGCCUGCGUUGCAUACAAACGCGCGACACGAAUUUUGGCACAAAUUGCAUCUGUCGCGUGCCCAAAUCCAAGCUGGAGGAGGGACGCAUUGUGGAGUGCGUGCACUGCGGCUGUCGUGGAUGUUCCGGCUAAGACGACAACGUCAUCAAAUAGCUUGUAAAUACAGUUUUAAGUCACAGAUGAGGGAUGUAUAUAUCGACGAAGAACUGAACGCAACAGCUCCAGAAGAAGAUGGAAGCCCAGGCUACAAAAGCUGAAGGCAUUAACGGACGCUACAAUUUCUGUCUUUUCAAGACUUUUACGACAACACCCGAAUCAAAUAUAUAAAAAUAAAAGACAACAAACAACACUUGUAAAAUAGACUUAUGUAUUGGUCAAUGUGCGCAUGUAUUAGUAAACUUUUCUCUAAAAAGCGCGGCAAACUAUUUACCUCAACUAAAAUCAUGCCCCACGUCAGCGUCUGUGUGCUGUGUAUGUGAGCUAAAAAUGGAAAGCGUAUUGCAACAAGCUUGGCAUUUUGAAGUUUUCUACAUUUAAACAGUUAUUUGAAUAUUUACCAACCGUUGGUUGCAGCGGGAACGUGGAGCCCAUUUGUGUCAUCUUUGAGGACAUACCAUUUGAGAAUUGCUUGCUAGUAUUGCCCUUAAUGUACCUGGAGUGCUGCUGAAAAGUCGUUGGUUUUCUCUUGUUCAUGGUAUUGCAUGCAAUCGUCUUCUCCGUACAGACCCAAAAUCAGAGCGGCUCUUGAAAUACACAUUCGAUAGUACCGAAAUCACGUGAAAUUCUCAUCAGUGUUGAUAAGCGUUUAAAGUUAACGGUUGUCUAUUGCCAUAACAGUACUGGAAUGUAACUAGUGCUAUACAUUUCUCAACAAACUUAUAAUAUAAUACAUACUAAACGUAUGGUGCAAAAAGUGAAACGCAAAUAACAUGCCUACCAUCGAGAGACUACGACAGUUAAAGAAAAUAAAUUCAUAUUUAACAAUAGUCAUUGGAUGCUUAAAUAUCAUAUCAGCUAUUACUAUUAUCAUCAUUUGCACAGUAGAAUUCUUUUUAAAAAUGCCCUAUUGGUCGGAGGGAACAAGAAUCACAUUGAUAAUAACUAGCAUUAUUUAUUCUGGCUCGGCGAUUAUGCUUAUAAUUGGCGUCACAAAG